GGGGAACACUCCACUCUAACAGUGCAACUCCAAGGUCAAAAAUUGUACGUCGCAUUGGUCGUAACAGUGCUGAGUUAGAGUGGGGAACACUAAACUCCAUCCACUUUAUAGAAGGAUAUCUGCACAUUUGUUCAUGUGGAAAGAAGGCUCACAACAAAUUUCCUCAGUCCAUCCACACAGAACAAGGAAGCAGAAGUUGCAUUCAGAACAAGGAGGCAGAAGGUGCACUCUGAAUUAUGGCAAUGGAAAUGGGUGGAUGGAGAGGCAUUUUGAUAUGGGGUGUAGUGUUAAGCUUGGCACAUGUGAUGGCGAAAAUAGCGAGAGCCGUAUGGUGGAGGCCUCGACAACAUACAAGGUGUUUUGAAGCUCAGGGUAUGAGGGGGCCUUCCUACAAACUACUCAAUGGCAAUCUUCCAGAGAUGAUGAGGAUGAUGGAUGAAGCCAAAUCGAAGCCAAUGGAGUUUUCUCAUCGAAUAGUACCCCGAGUUCUGCCCCAUUAUUACACCAGUGUUAACAAAUAUGGGCGGUUCUUCGUAUACUGGUUUGGUACGAAAGCGAAGGUGAAUAUCCCAGACGUGGAGCUCGUUAAAGAAAUUCUUUCCACCAAGUUCGGACAUUAUGAAAAGCCGCCUCUAAACCGUAUAACGAGGCAGCUGAUGGGAGGUGGGCUCGGUUCUUUGGACGGCGAGGAAUGGGCAAAGCACAGAAGAAUAAUCAACCCAGCUUUCUACAUAGAACAGUUAAAGGGGAUGGUUCCCACGGUAGCGGCCAGCGCUUCAGAUAUGAUAAAACGGUGGAAGGAGAGAAUCGGUUAUGAUUCAGAGGGAGAGAUAGAAGUAUCAAAAGAGUUUCGCGAUUUAACAGCAGAUAUUAUUUCCCGAACAGCCUUUGGAAGCAGCUAUGUUGAAGGAAAGCAUAUAUUUGACAUGCAGGUGGAACAACUUAAUCUGAUUAUUGAAUCCAUUCGUACAGUUUAUAUUCCUGGUUUCGGAUUGUUGCCCACAAAGAAAAACAGGCGACUUUGGAAACUAGGAAGAGAAAUAAACAGGUCAUCGAAAGUGUUGAUUGAAGGGCGAGAGCGAACAUUGAGCAUGGAUAGCUCUGAAAGUUAUAGAAAUGAUCUGCUGGGUAUUAUGGUAGCUAAAAUUAAGAAAGAGCCAGGAAGCCCCCAAAAUGCAUGCAUGACAGUUGAAGAGAUCAUUGAGGAGUGCAAAUUUUUCUUCUUCGCUGGUCAUGAAACAUCAUCUGCACUUUUAACAAGGACGAUGGUUUUGCUCGGGAUGCAUCAAGAGUGGCAAGAAGCAGCUAGAAAAGAAGUCGUGGAAGUCUGCGGAAAAGAUGUUCCCCACAAUGACACCAUCAACCAGUUGAAAAUUGUGACAAUGAUUCUGAAUGAAGCUCUGAGAUUGUAUACCCCCGCGAUACAGUCGAGUCGACACACUUACAAGGGUAUGAAGCUGGGCGACUUCAAUAUUCCAGCUGGCAUAGAACUUUCAGUUCCAAUUAUUGCAAUCCACCAUGACCCAGAGCUAUGGGGAAACGAUGCAGACGAGUUCAGGCCUCAACGAUUUGCUGAGGGUGCUGCUAAGGCUUCUAAACAUCCGAUGGCAUUUAUGCCAUUUGGACGGGGACCUAGAGCUUGUGUAGGCCAGAAUUUUGCUAUGAUUGAAGCUAAGGUAGUUCUGGCAAUAAUUUUGCAGCAGUUCUCAUUUUCUGUAUCCCCAUCUUAUGUUCAUGCACCUGCCACCGUCGCCACUCUGCAGCCUCAAUAUGGAGCUCAGAUAAUUGUUCAUCUACUACAAAAUUGAAUAAUCUUUGACGAGAGGUGAUGGAAAGGAGUAAAAACCCUUUCAUUGUGAGAAACAAAGUAGUUAACUAGGUAAUAAGUUAAAUUCAUGGUGAAGUCGUCGUUGUAUCUUGAAAUAGCAACAAUAAUAAUGAAGGCAUGAAAGAGCCUUCAAACUUAGGAACCAUACUCACCUUGAUGUGAAAUUAUGUUCAACUUCAUAAUUAAAGUGCUCUACCUAUAUGGUGGUCUAAAUA